AUGGUUACCGAAUUACAUGCCGACGCCGAAAGGGGAAAGUACAUGAAGCCGGAAGGUUCGAGGACCUGGGAGUACCUAGUCUGCUUCACUUGUAUGAUUAUGACUAUGGAGGUCGGGUUCGUUCAGGGAUGGAGCUCGCCGGGCCCCAUGGCGUUCAUGGUGCCGGGCUCGGCGGUUCUCCUCACCGCCUCCGACGCUGCCACUUUGGUAGCCCUCGUCUCCAUCGGCUACGUAAUGACUACGCCGAUAAGCAUGUACCUGGUUGAUAAGAUAGGGAGGAAGAAGAUCAUGUUGAUGAGCGCAUUGCCGAUGAUAGUCUCCUGGGGUCUCAUCACGAUCGUCAUGAACGUCUGGAUGAUUUACGUGGCGAGAUUCUUGAGCGGCGUAUCUUGCAGCAUGUUCAUCAACGUGCUGCCGAUCUACCUCGCGGAAGUGGUCUCGCCAUCCUUACGAGGUGCGGGGCUGACCUUAACCAUAACGAUGUUCAACAUCGGCAUCCUCAUCGCGUUCGUGAUCAUACCAUACGUGUCGACCUCGCUGUCAGCGGGCAUCUUCAUGAGCAUAGUCGUCGUCUUCUUCAUCACGUUCUGCUUCAUGCCGGAGUCGCCGUACUACCUGACCAUGAAGAACAGGAUAGAGGAGACGGAGGCGGUGUUGGAGAAGAUACGCGGCAGGACGGACGUCUCGGACGAGGUCGAGCUCAUCCUCGAGACGGUAAAGUCCAACAGCCGGCAGAGGAGCGGCGGCUUCCGGGAGUUGUUGACCGUACGUGCCAACCGGCGCGCCUUCAUCAUCAACAACGUCUUCCUGUGCGCCAUGCAGUUCAGCGGCUUCUACACGAUACUCGCGUUCGUCCAUCUCAUCUUCCAGUCGAUGACGAACGUCAUCUCCGAUUACGCGACCGCCAUAGUGCUCGGUGUGGUGCAAGUGAUCUCCGUGUUGAUCACCACCUGCGUGGUCGACCGGCUCGGCCGCAAGCCGUUGCUGCUGGUCUCCGGCGUGAUCGUCGCGAGCGCUAAUUUCGUGAUCGCCGCGUUCUUCUACGCGCAGGACUUCCUCGACAUGGACGUGUCCGCCUGCUCCCUGAUACCGUUCGUCGCGAUGAUAGUGCUGAUGUUCUUCAACAACUGCGGCCCGAUCAGCAUCCACAUAACCGUGCAGUCCGAGAUAUUCGCCACCGAGAUCAAGGCGCUCGGCACCUGCCUCGCGGGCAUCGUCGGCCCGAUCCUUCACAUAUUAGUGGCCAAGACUUACAUCCUGACGGCCGUCACCUGGGGCUUCGGCCCGAUGCCGGCCUUCCUGUCGUACGCCGUGUGCAUGGUGAUAUGCACCGCCGUGAUUCUUCGUCUUACGCCGGAGACGAAGGGCAAAACCUUUGUGCAGAUACAAAAGGAGCUGAGCGAUUGA